UGAUAACGCUUAAGGAAACCUUCUUGGUUAUUUAAUUACUUUUGCUGAUAGAAAAUGUUGUCAGGACAAUGUUAGUUGGUUAUUUACUUUCAAUCUUUCAUAAAUGCAUAAAUAUCCAUAGACUGUUCUUUGUAUUUUAGAAAAUUAGCAUAUUCUUUUCUAAUGAAUAUUUCUCAUGAAUAUUCCUUAUCUAUCGCGUAAUAAUCGAUAGUUGUUGCAUAGAAAUAGCAGAAAACGAUCAAAGAGUCACGUUCUUGCAUCAUGUAACCUUUCAAGGCUUAAUUAUUCGUAUUCGACAGGUGUCAUCUAGACGAUUGUAGUAAUUCUUUGAUCGUGUCUCCUGCCACUGCUUUCAUGAAUAUGUUAGUCGUUCUUACUACGUGCUAGUGGUAUGUUUGAAUAAUUAGCUUUAUUCCUUAAACGAUUUAUUAUGCUAACGGCGAACGGAAAAAUUCGUGGCAAACAAGUUCAAUGACUUGUUCUUUGUUCGUGAUAUAUUAACUAAAUGUGAAGAAGGAUUAUAGAGAGAGCAUUUAUGUUUAACACAAGAGAAUAUGAUAAUAAUAAUCUAAUAUUUAAUAUUAGAAUAAUAGUGAAUUAAAUAUUAAUUUAACACUGAAAUUCGUAAUAGUAAAAUAACAUGAAUUUGUAACACCCGAUGAAAUAUCAAUUAACCGACUAGGUAAUUAAAUAAUAUGAAGAACUAAGUGAUAAAAGAAUAUAAAAGUAAAGCUAUAAAUAUUGCAACAUCGAUAUGUUCAACCGUGUAGAAAAUUUUAAUUGAAAAAUCAAUUUUCUGACAAAGUGGAAACCAUGUAUGGACAUUUUAACGAUACGUCCCUGGUUUUCGCGCAUUACGAUUCAAUUAAUUUAUGUUGCAUUCCAUUUGAAGAGCAUUGGUGUCUGGAUACUUUUGCACAAGAGUUUUCCUCUCGUACGUUCAUCCACACCGCGAUGAAUCAACUGUAUCUCGCCGAGUACCUUUUCUUUGUGCAAAUUACUGUUUGUACAUUAGUUGUCAUCUUUAAAAAAGACGAUGCUAAAGAACGUCUUCGCGCGUGAUCGAACGUGGACAAAUGUAUAAAGAAGUAUUAAUUCGAUAGAAAUUAAAGGAUAUUAUUAAUACUAUUUAUUGUUCACAUUGCUAACAAAGCGGUAAUAUGAAAUAAAUUAUUAUAAUGAAGCUAAAAUUUCAUGGAAAUAUAGAGAUGUGUUUAUAUUGUAAAUUAUACUAAUUGAGUUAUGAGACGAAGGAGAGAGAAUGGGCCGUUUUAUCUUCAGAAACGAUUUGAACAAUGAAGUGAAUCAUGAUAAAGGUGAAUAAAUAGAGAGAAAAAUUUAAAUCCAAUACAUCGUCAUCAAUAUUUAUACCGCAUAAAGUGGAAUAACACAGACAAAGGAACGAACGAUGGCAAACGGGAAUGAAUGGAUGAAAAAGACUGGAUUCGAUAGAAAUAGACUGCGGAAUUUUUUUAUGCAGUUACGGGAAAUUUAAAAGUGCAAAAAUGCACGUAAUAUGCAAAAGUAUAUGAAAUAUAUAAAGUUGAGCAUCUAUUAUAAUAUUUAUUAAGUACAAGAAAUUUGUAUUUAAGUUUUAUUCCUUCAAUCGUUUUUAUGAAAAUAAUUCUUUUAUUUAUAAUUGCCAUUAUUUAUAUAAAUAUUUGCAUGAAUAUCCGCCUGUCUGUAUCUAAAUAAGGAAAGUGAGAAGGCUUGAACGAGUGGAAAAUAACUUGCAAUUUCACAAGGAUUUUUAUGUAACUCGAAAGGAACGCGGUUUGAUGUCCUGUUCGAGCUAAUGUAAGCAACGCAAUGUGUUGGCGAAACACCAUGGAAAUCGAUUCCAGGGCGUGUGGCGUUCGCGAGCCUCGGAAAGGCACGCAACACAUUUUCAUUCCAGUGAUAAGGUAAAUCACGAACAAACGACCGAACCGAUUUUAAUCAAGAGUAACAAGCAGCUGGCUGAUAAGUAGGUUUCCCUUGGUACACGGGAAGCUCAUUUUACGUCCUACCGGAACACGAAUGGAGGGACUAGGGUUGAUGGGGAAUUUUAACGAAGUGACGAUUAGUUUUGGUGUUUCGUUGAAUUUUCUGUGACACAAUGAGAGAUAGAACAUUUAGCUGAGAAAGAGAGAAAAAGUUUAAAUCGUGAGUCAUGGUGGAUAAAUUGCAUGAAUACGAGGGUUUCGCUGGCAGGGUGCACGAUGUUAGAGACAAGUUUAAAGAAAAAUGGGAGACGUGGAAAGAGUGGAAGAAUGGGAUACCGAUGGACCAGGGGAUUAAAGGGUUCUUGAAUCAUCUACGAGGACCACCCAAAUUGGAGAGAAGUUUGAAUGAUUACGCGCAUAUUUACAGAAAAAAGACACGAGGAGAAUUGGUACGAAUAUCCGCAGCUGUGAUGGGAAUCGAAUUUUCUUACGCCGCAGAAACAGCGUUUGUUUCACCGACUUUAUUAAAAAUCGGCGUAGAUCAUCAGCAUAUGACCCUCGUCUGGGCACUCAGCCCUCUCAUUGGUUUCUUCGUCACACCGAUUUUGGGAAGUCUAAGUGAUAGAUGCAGACUAAAAUAUGGAAGAAGAAGACCGUUCAUUCUAUUGCUGGCUCUUGGAGUUUUGAUAGGAUUAAUAUUAGUUCCAAAUGGGGAAGAUAUGGGAUAUGCCUUCGGGGAUGUUCCACCUACGUGGACCAACUAUACAGUUCCCUUAGGACAUCGAACUACGGCGAAACAUGCGAAAGAAGAGUCAGUGAAACCUCCGUCUCACUCUUGGGGAAUUUUCUUCACUAUCCUAGGCACAGUUCUGCUCGAUUUCGAUGCUGAUGCCUGCCAAAGUCCAGCCAGAGCAUAUUUACUCGACGUCACUGUACCUGAUGACCAUGCUAAAGGUUUAAGUACGUUCACCAUAAUGGCAGGCUUGGGAGGAUUCAUGGGAUACGGACUAGGUGGAAUUAAUUGGGAUGCUACUACGAUAGGAGUUAUGUUAGGUGGACAUCUUCAUGCUACUUUCACUUUAAUUACGAUUAUUUUUGUUAUUUGUGUAUCCUGUACCAUUACCAGCUUCAAAGAAAUCCCAUUGGAAUUGUUGGAAAGUGACGAAUAUCGUCAGUUACAGGAACAAAAGGCAUCUGCUGAAGAAUCGGAGGAUCAGCCAAAGGAACAUGAAAAAAUCAUCACAGAUGAUUGUGCUUCUUAUGGCACCUUGGGUAAUGAUCAAGAGAUUGCUACGAAAAAGGAUGAGUUUGCUCUGAAACCUCUUCCAGUUCAAGAACCAGAGAAAAGAGUUGGUCAAGUUCCUAUGAUACCAGAUAUACCCAUCCAAGACACAAAUUACGUUGAACAUGGUUUCGAUGAAAGUAUCGAAGGAAAUCCAAAAGCCACAUUAAGGGAAUAUCUUCUUUCUAUCGUAUAUAUGCCACAUAGUCUUCGUAUGGUGUGUCUAACUAAUUUAUUUUGUUGGAUGGCACAUGUAUGUUAUUCCCUGUACUUCACUGAUUUCGUUGGGGAAGCUGUUUAUGGGGGAAACCCACAGGCUCCAGAAGGUAGCAAGGAAAGAGAAUUAUACGAAAGUGGAGUUCGCUUUGGAUGUUGGGGAAUGUCUAUGUAUUCAUUAUCCUGUUCCUGUUAUUCAAUGAUUAUCGAGAAGCUCAUAGAACGCUACAAAGCCCGAAGGGUAUACAUUUGCGGCCUGCUGUUCUAUAGCACUGGUAUGAUGAUGAUGGCGUUGACGAAACAUCCCGCGGGAGUGAUCAUAUUCUCUUGGACCGCAGGUGUUAUGUACUCCACAUUAUUCACUAUGCCGUAUCUUCUAGUUGCACAUUAUCAUGCUUCAUCAACAUUCGAGGUGACAGCCGAGGGUGAAGCCGUUCAAAGCGGGGGAGUGCGUGGUCUUGGCACAGACGUCGCAAUCGUCUCCUCUAUGGUGUUUCUGGCGCAGUUCCUUCUGUCCUGCUGCCUAGGAACGAUCGUCAGUAAAUCUGGGACCACUACAGCCGUUGUAUGCGUGGCUAGUACCCUCGCCGCCUGCGGAGCCAUUUCUGCAACACAGAUUAUGUAUCUGGAUCUUUGAAGUUCCUUUGGUAAACAGACGUUAAUUAGUUUUAUUUUUGUUAUUUAUUAUUUAAAGAAUGGAUUUUAUAUUUAACUAAUUCGAAAUAAUAGCCCUGGAGGAAUUAUCACAUUAUAUAUUAUGAUUUAUUAUUAUUAAUGGAAACUAAUUUAAAUUUAGAAUUUAAGUUAUUGAAAUUUAAAGAGAAGUGUCCUAUUUUUAUAUUUAAUUAACAAAUCUCUUCUAAAAUCACUUUUGAAAAAAUUAGACU